AUGUCAGCACGUUGUCGCCGUGAACUGGAGCGAUCAUCGCGGAGAGCAAUGGCGGCCCCGUGGUUGCUGCUGCUGCUCUCCCUGGCCGGCGGCGUCUCUCAUGUUGGUGGCCAGAGCGCGCCCGACAGCACUGGUUUCAUCAGCAUCGACUGCGGCCUCUCAGAGCAGAGCAGCUACGUUGACGGAGCCACCGAGCUGACCUACACCUCAGACGCCGGCUUCAUCGACGCCGGCUCCAACUACAACGUCUCGGCCGAGUACAUCGACCAGUCCCACCGGAGAAGCCACCGGCAGGUGCUCAGCCUCCGCAGCUUCCCCGGCCCGCCGGGGCGGCGCGGCUGCUACGCCCUCCCAUCUUUCGUAGCCGGGACGUCCAAGUACCUGGUCCGGGCCACCUUCAUGUACGGCGACUACGACGGUCUCAACAAGCCCCCCAUCUUCGACCUCUACGUCGGCGUCAACUUCUGGAAGACGGUGAACAUCACGAAACCUGACGCGGUGCACGUUGCGGAGGUCAUCGCCGUCGUCCCGGACGACUCCGUGCAGGUCUGCCUGGUGAACACGCGGUCCGGGACGCCCUUCAUCUCGUCGCUGGAGCUGAGGCCGCUCAAGGACACGCUGUACCCACAGGCGAACGCGACGCAGGGGCUGGUGCUCGUCGCCCGGCACAACUUCGGCGCCGCCGAUCUGAUCAGGUACCCGGACGACACGUACGACCGUGCAUGGGUCCCGUGCACCAACCCGGAGGACCAAUGGACUACCAUCUUGACGUCCUCCAAGGUGGCCAUGGAGGUGGAGGAUCGCAAGCCGCUCUAUGACGUGCCCUCGCUGGUGAUGCAGACUGCCGUCCGGCCGACCAACACCACCAGGAACGUCAUGUGGUUCCCCUGGGACGCCGAGCCCAACCACGUCUACCCCAUGCCUGGGCUCCUGCCUGUCUUCUAUUUGGCGGAGCUGGAGACCGUGGACAGCAAGCAGGAGCGGCGCGUGUUCCUCAUCAGCCUCAAGCGCCCCAACUCAUCUGCUUCGUGGCUCAUAGGCGACUUUGAUUACCUUGUCACCACCAUCGUCUCCAGGACUACCGGACGACCCGUCCCGUUCAUCAGCCCCAAGGAGAACCUCGUCAUACUAGGAGCCGCCAACGCCACAACACUUCGGCCAAUCAUGGAAAUCAACUCCACAAUACUGCCGCCGUUCAUCAACGCCGCCGAGCUUUUCACCCCUAUUUCCACCGCCGGGGUUGGGACCGACGCUCAGGAUGUAUCUGCCAUCACUGCAAUUAAGGCUAAGUACCGGUUGAUCAAGAACUGGGUGGGUGACCCAUGCGCCCCGAAGAAUCUAGUGUGGGCUGGACUGAACUGUAGCUAUCCCAUUUCCAGACCUCAGAGAAUCACAAGCGUAAACAUGUCAUUUGGUGGUUUGAGUGGUGAUAUAUCAUCCUACUUCGCCAAUCUCAAAGCUAUCCAGUACCUGGAUUUGUCACAUAAUAACUUGACAGGAUCAAUUCCUGAUGGUCUUUCACAGCUACCCUCUCUCGCGCUACUAGAUUUGAAGGGCAACAAGAUUAGUGGAACGAUUCCGUUCGGCCUUCUGAUACGAAUUCAAGAUGGCAACCUAACUCUAAGAUACGACCAAAGUUCAAACCUUUGCAGCAACAGUACUUCUUGCCAGCCUACAAAAGAUCACCGAAACUCUAAAACCACCAGCUACAUUGUUGUUAUAGUGGCCGCUGUGGUUGUAGUAGGACUAGUGGCACUACUACUCUUUUUCAUAAUGGGAAGAAACCAAGGACCAGCAAAUAUACAUAAUGAGAGUGACGUGCAAUCGCGCAAUCGUCGAUUCACAUACACGGAACUGAAGGUGGUAACAUCCAACUUCCGGCGAGUGCUCGGGGAAGGAGGGUUUGGUCUUGUCUAUGAUGGCUUCUUGGAGGAUGGUACUCAAGUUGCAGUCAAGCUGCGGUCUCAAUCUUCCAAUCAGGGUGUAAAAGAGUUCUUGACAGAGGCACAAAACUUAACAGGGAUUCAUCACAGGAAUCUAGUCAGCUUGAUUGGUUAUUGCAAGGAUGGGGAGUACGUGGCCCUUGUAUAUGAGUAUAUGUCCGAAGGAGACCUCCAACAUAAACUCAGAGGGAGAGAUCACAAUGAUGGAUGUUUAACCUGGAGACAGAGACUCCAUAUUGUACUGGAGUCUGCGCAAGGGCUCGAGUAUCUGCACAAGGCAUGUAGCCCGCCUUUCAUACACCGGGAUGUGAAGACGUCAAACAUCCUACUGGAUGCAAAUCUAAAAGCUAAGGUUGCUGAUUUUGGCUUGAUGAAGGCUUUCAAUCAGGACGGUGAUACCCAUGUAUCCACAGCCAGGGUGGUUGGCACACCAGGCUACCUUGCUCCCGAGUAUGCAACAGUCCUGGAGCUCACUGAAAAGAGCGAUGUGUACAGCUUUGGUGUCGUGUUGCUGGAGGUGAUCACGGGGAAGCCUCCGUUCGUGCAAACCCCACAGGCGCAACCCAUUCAUAUUGUCAAGUGGGUGCAGCAGCGCCUUUCAUCUGGGGACAUCGAGGGCGUGGUGGACGCACGCAUGCAAGGCGACUAUGAUGUCAACGGCGUAUGGAAGGUCGCAGACCUCGCGCUCGAGUGCAUGGCACAAACUCCCGCGAAGCGACCGACGAUGACCCGCGUGAUGGCGCGGUUGCUGGAGUGCCUUGAACUCGAGGAGAGCCGCGGCGCCAUCUACACCAGCGUCAGUGGCGACACGAACGGCAUCGUGAACACUGCUAGCACCAGCGAUGAUCCCAGCUCAAGUUCUAGUAUGUACGCCACCACCGACCAGCCCGCCUCCGAUGUCAACCAGAGCAGCGCAGCACUCAGGAUGGGGCCUAACUCUAGCAGGGCUUCAACGGUGGCCGCCGGUCCUGCAGCACGAUGA